UUCCCAGACCUCAAACACACAGCGUGACACAGAGACUCCAGACUCUUCGCAAUCUCAACUCUCAAGCGCAGACAGCCAGACACUCGCAUAAUCUGCAUUUUCACUCUCAGAAACGAUAAGAACCGCAGUGAUGGAGUGAGAGAUACUUUUUGCGGAAACGGAGUACAGAAGAAGUUAGAGAUGGAAACUCUUGGAGCUCGAAACUUCGCAGCAAUGGCGGUUUCUUCUUUCCCUACGUGGAGGUCGCUAAGAAGAACGAUAAGAACUAACCGUAGUGUUUGGAACAGGAGGUUUACUUGGUGUAAAGUAAGAGCAACUACUGCUGGGAGUGAGAGCUAUGUGGCCGUUAAAGAAGAUUUUGCUGAUGAGGAGGAUUAUAUCAAGGCCGGUGGCUCUGAGCUCUGUUUUGUACAAAUGCAACAGAAAAAGCUCAUGGAAAAACAGUCUAAAUUGGCAGACAAGUUAAAACCAAUAUCCGCUGGGGAUAUGCUGGAUCUGGUGGUUAUUGGAUGUGGUCCGGCUGGUCUUGCUCUUGCUGCAGAAUCAGCCAAGUUGGGGUUACGGGUUGGACUUAUCGGCCCUGACCUUCCAUUUACAAACAAUUAUGGCGUAUGGGAGGAUGAAUUUAAAGACCUUGGACUUGCAAGCUGCAUUGAGCAUGUUUGGAGGGAUACCAUUGUCUAUCUUGACGACAAUGAUCCCAUUCUAAUUGGCCGUGCUUAUGGACGAGUUAGUCGGCAUCUACUCCAUGAAGAGUUGUUAAGGAGGUGUCUCGAGGCAGGUGUUUCAUAUCUUAGCUCAAAAGUGGAAAGCAUUAUGGAAGCUACCAAUGGUCAUAGUCUCGUAGCUUGUGAACAUGACACUGUUGUUCAAUGCAGGCUUGCAACUGUCGCAUCUGGUGCAGCGUCUGGAAAACUUCUGCAGUAUGAGGUUGGGGGUCCCAGGGUAUCUGUCCAAACAGCUUAUGGUGUGGAGGUAGAGGUGGAAAACAAUCCGUAUGAUCCAAGCCUGAUGGUUUUCAUGGAUUAUAGAGACUGCACCAAACAUCAAGUUCCAUGUUUAGAAGCUGAUUAUCCAACAUUUCUUUAUGCCAUGCCUAUGUCAUCGACAAGAGUCUUCUUUGAGGAAACUUGUUUGGCUUCAAAAGAUGCUAUGCCUUUUGAUUUAUUAAAGAAAAAGCUAAUGUCAAGGUUAGCAACUAUGGGCAUCCGGGUUCUGAAAACUUACGAGGAGGAAUGGUCUUAUAUUCCAGUUGGUGGUUCUUUACCAAAUACAGAGCAAAGAAACCUUGCAUUUGGUGCUGCUGCUAGCAUGGUGCAUCCAGCCACUGGAUAUUCAGUUGUGAGAUCGCUGACGGAGGCUCCAAAAUAUGCUUCUGUAAUUGCAAAUAUAUUGAAAGAGAAUCAUUCUAAGGGCAAGACUACUCAUGAAAGAAGUAAUGUGAAUAUCUCAAUGCAAGCUUGGAAUACUCUUUGGCCACAAGAAAGGAAGCGACAAAGGGCAUUCUUUCUUUUCGGAUUAGCACUUAUUUUGCAACUGGAUAUUGAGGGCAUUAGGGCAUUCUUCCAGACUUUCUUCCGCUUACCUAAAUGGAUGUCGCAGGGGUUUCUUGGCUCUAGUCUCUCCUCAAUGGAUCUUGCACUGUUUUCCUUGUAUAUGUUUGUUAUUGCACCAACUGAUUUGAGGAUGAGUCUCAUCAGGCAUCUGCUUUCAGAUCCAACUGGAGCAACCAUGAUAAGAACUUAUCUCACACUAUAGAUGAUGCAUCUUUUGUAUUCUCCUCUUUUGUAUUCUUUUUUUUGGGAUUGCCACUUUAGAUUUUGCACCAUCUGUAUAUUAAGCAAAAUUAGAAUAGGUCCGCUACUACUUGUGAGUUACUGAGUUUUGUGCAUUGUCUUUAGCAUCAAGUGUUCGUUAUAAAUUUAAAAUAUUGUUAUGUGAUGUCAUUUUGAUGGUCAAUAGAAGUUUUGAAUUGAUGCAUGAGCACAAGCUAAUUUAUAUGCAAUCAA